AUGAUCAGUGUCACCGUUGCUGCUCAAGGGAAACCAAAACGAUUGUUUGGUAACAACUUCAGGGCAUACGGAAGCGGGCGACUUUCAAUUUGCGAACUUGAAAAAGACCCCAGUAGCUUAAAAGCUAACGAAUCAAAUCUUUCUACAACACGUUUCAAGCUUUAUCUCUUCGUCAACAAGUUUUUCGAACUUCUCGCAACUAUAAUACACUAUUGUCUUCCGUAUUUCUUCAACCAAAAGAAAACAUGGUACCAUCAAAACAAAAAAGAGAUGGUGGCUGUUAUGCAACCCGUGGUUCAGGAUUUUGCAUGCCCCAUACUUCUCAACGUGUUUAGACAUUUGGAAGUUGAGGAUUUGUUGACUUGCAAACUGAUUCGAGUAUUAUUUGAUGAAGGUGAAUUUGAGGAUCUUGUCAAACAAAAUGCUGAAACCGUGACCGACUUUGGGCUGGAAGAAUGUUCUCCAUCCCACUUGUUAACAGAUCGUUUACUGUUUCCCAUUUCCAAACGUAUCACAUCACUGCGUCUAUGGAACAACGGAAAGGGUUCUCAUUACGGUGUUACUGAUGAAACACUGAUUCGGAUAAAUGAGGCAAUUCUGCAAGGCUCGCCGGUGGAGACAAUCGACUUGGGUACUUGUUUCGUGUCAAGUGAGGUUGUGUCAUCACUUGUCAAAAGCUGGGAGCAAAACUCAAGGAGCGAUUUAACCAUCAUGUUGAGCCACUGUUACCCGGUCAACAAACCAGAUGUAAUUCGUCAAUUGCAAGAAAGUAAUAUCAUUUUGAAGAAAAAUCGACAGCUACAUUCCAAAAAUCAUAUGCUAACUCUUGUCUGUUAA